AUGAGGUCCAAUGACGGAGGGCAGUAUCUUGUGAUUUGGAAAUCUAUAAGGUAUGCUGAAGGAGCUCCAGUGUCUUGGUCUUCCUUGUACAUGAUGUUCGCUGCAAUGAUAUCAAAAUGUGAAAAACUUGUUGAUGUAGAAUACCAUAGGUUACCUCAGUUAAGGUCUAAUGAUUAUGGCAGCUUCAACUUCCUUGCAAGAUUUGACAAACUGGUCGAAAGUGAAGAUGUUAGCAGCAUCGACAUCUUGAGAGUUCAGUAUUUGGGUCAUUUCUUUGUAGUAGAGUUCGAUGAGGUGAGUCAUGUGUUUUCUCCUGGUGGGGCCAUCAGAGUUGACGUAGAUCAAGAAGAGAAGAUCUUGAGCUGGUGGGCAGUACUUGAUCAAUUGGAAGUCAACGAAUAA